AUGGAAGUAAACUGUAUUGCGCUACCUUCAAGGAAAAAGGCGUAUUUACUACAUUUUGCGGGACCAGAAGUGCAAGACAUUUUUUACGACAUUCCCGGUCAUGAUGCUGUUCCACCAGCUAACUCCGAUGUGUAUCGCGAAGCUAUCAGGCUUUUGGACAAUCAUUUUGCGCCAAUGACGAGUAUCCCAUACGACCGCUACGUGUUCAGGAAUCUGAAACAGGAGAACGAUGAAAGUGUCGACAAAUUUGUAAGUCGGUUGAAGGAGCGAGGCCGUCUUUGUGAAUACGGUGCGGCACUAGACAUAAGAAUAACCGAACAGGUUUUUGACCGUUGCCAAAUGGACGAAUUACGAGAAAUGAUAUUAAAAAAGAAAUUAAUGACUGUAAGAGAAAUCGUCGAAGAAGCCAGAAUUUUGGAAACGGUAAAACGUAACCGAGAACAAAUGGCAAAAGGCAUAAUUUCAACGGAAGCUGAAAAUAUCAACCUAGUAACGAACAGUAAGAAAAAAGAUGCUUGUUUCCGUUGUGGCCAAAAGGGGCAUUUUGCCAACGACAAAGGUUGCCCAGCCCGCGGAAAAGAAUGCGGUAAAUGCAAGUUAGUAGGCCACUUUAAAAAAAUGUGUAGAACGAAGGCAACGAAAACGUCUAGUUCAAAACGUAAACAGGUUCUUUAUGUUGAAUCCGAGAAAAGUGGCUGCAGUUCAAAUUCAGACGACUGCGAUUCGGAAGAUGAUGGAUCUAAUAAUGAAAUUCAGCAAAUAUGCGUGAUCGGAGCCGAUCAUGAUAUAGUAACUUGUUACACAGGCGGUGUAAAGAUGAACUGGAUUAUCGACUCCGGUGCAUAUGUUAAUGUUAUUAAUAGAAACACGUGGAAGGAAUUACGAAAAAAAGGAUGCAAAACGAGCAGUGAGAAAAAGUCUAAAAAUAUUCUGCGGGUUUAUGGAGAUGGGUCAUUAAAAGUACAUAAAGUUAUAAAGGCGGACAUCGCCACAAAAGAGAAAACUGUUCAUCACGAAAUCUACGUGGUCGAUUCAGAUAGAGGAGGUAACCUGCUAAGUAAGAAAUCAUCAAUGGAGUUAGGUAUUUUGGAGAUUCACGGUAAGGUUUUUAACAUUUCGGCAAAGGAAGAGCCUCCGAUAGGAAAAUUGAAAGGAGUGCAAGUGGAACUAAAAAUCAAUACUGCCGUCAACCCGGUUCAACAACCAUGCCGGAGAUUACCGAUACCACUUCAGAAGCUGGUCGAAGCAAAAUUAGAGGAUUUACUGCGUCAGGAUAUCAUAGAACCGGCUCCAUUGAAUAUUUCUUGGGCUUCGCCUUUGGUAGUAACACCUAAGAACGGUGGCAGAAGCGUACGGCUAUGUGUCGAUAUGCGACGAGCAAAUAAUGCCAUCAUACCGGAACGUCAUCCUCUGCCAACUUUCGACGAAAUAAUGCCAUACCUUGAAGGAAGUCGGUUUUUCAGUAAAAUAGACUUGGUGAAGGCAUUCCACCAAAUUGAACUUACUCCGUCUUCGAGAACUAUUACUACAUUCGUAACUCCAAAUGCAUAUUAUAGAUACAAAAGGUUGAUGUUUGGAAUGAAUUGCUCUGCUGAGGUGUUUCAAAGAGAAAUCGAACGAGUUUUGCGAGGACUGAAAGGUACAAAGGUAUUCAUAGAUGAUAUAUUGGUUUUCGCUCGAACCAAAAAGGAUCAUGCUGCAAGAGUGAAAUCGGUAUUGUCACGAUUGGAACUACAUGGUUUGACAGUAAAUCUAGAAAAAUGCCAAAUUGGAAAACCGUCUGUAAUUUUUAUGGGUCAUUCACUGUCCGAAAAAGGUAUCCUGCCCAUGAACGACAAGGUUGAUGCAAUUCAACGCUUCAGGAAUCCAAGAAACGUGAAGGAGCUGAGAAGUUUCAUGGGGUUAGUAAAUUACGUUGGAAAAUUCAUCCCUAAUCUGUCUACAAUAUCCUCUCCACUAAGAAAUAUGCUACAUAAACAUACGAAAUUCCAGUGGACAAGCGCGGAAAUGCAAUCGUUCGAAAAGAUUAAAAGAGCUAUGUCAAACACACAACAUUUAGCGUACUAUAGUGUGCACAAUCCAACAACGCUAGUGACAGAUGCAAGCGAACAUGGACUAGGAGCUGUAUUAUUGCAACGUGUAGAGGGGAAAUUGAGACCCAUUAGUUUUGCCAGCAAAAGUUUAACAACAACCGAACGAAAGUAUUCCACAUUAGAUAAAGAGGCACUGUCUGUAGUCUGGGCCACAGAACGUUUCCAGAUGUAUUUGAAAGGACUCGAAUUCACUAUCUUAACGGACCACAAACCGUUGGUAGGUAUUUUCAACGAAACCUCUAUACCGAAUAAACGCCAGGAAAGUUGGGUGCUUCGUAUGCAGGAAUACCGAUACCGAAUUCGUCACGUUCCCGGGGAGAUAAACAUUGCCGACCCUUUAUCUCGGUUAUCAGUUUCGCUUGGAGAGAAGACUUUUGAUAAAGCUUCGGAGGAUGUUCUUUGUGCGAUUGUAGAAAUAAACAGACCUGCAGCUGUCAGCAUGACCGAGAUCAUUCUAGCGUCAGAAGAGGAUCAUGAAAUACAAGAUGUAAGGAAAGCGCUCCAAACCGACAUUUGGGAAGAAAACUUGAAAAAAUAUGCAUCGUUCAAGUCAGAGUUAGUAUUCGCCAAAGAAAUACUUUUAAGAAAAGACCGAAUCGUUGUACCUAAAAAGCUAAGGGAAACGGUGAUCGCGUUAUCCCACGUAGGCCAUCCAGGCCGAGAAAAGAUGAAACGUCGUCUACGAGCAGCGGUUUGGUGGCCAGCCAUGGACGGAGAUGCUGAAAAAUGUUGUAAAGAGUGCAUUGAAUGUCAGUUGGUUGCACCUUAUGACAAGCCGGAACCUUUGCGAAUUAGAGAACUUCCCAAAGCUCCAUGGGUGCAUCUGUCGGGAGAUUUCUUAGGACCGUUGCCGAACGGGUACUAUCUAUUUGUCCUGAUCGAUCUCUAUAGUCGCUACACGGUAGUUGAACCAACGACCCGUACCACAUCCAGUGAAGUCAUUCGCAUUUUAAAGAACGUUUUUACCAGACUGGGUUUACCAUUCAUGUUAACAUUCGAUAAUGCUAAGAAUUUCUCCAGCCAAGAAUUAAAAGAAUAUUGCGUAGAUUACGAUAUCAAAUUAAAACACACGACUCCAUACUGGCCAAGUGCCAAUGGCGAAGUCGAGCGUCAGAAUCGAUCGAUCCUCAAGGUUCUCAAAAUAAGUAAGCAGAAUGGUACGGAUUGGAAAGAAGCUAUUCAAGAUUACAUCUACAUGUAUUCACUAACUCCACAUUCCGUUACAAACGUCGCGCCAGCUCAAUUGAUGUUCGGUCGCAGAUUCCGCGAUUUGAUUCCAAAUUUCUAUAAUUAUGUUUCCGAAGAUGACGAAAUGCGGGAUCGUGAUCGUACCGUGAAAUACUACACAAAAGAGAACCGGGAUAAACGAGUUGGUGCAAAACAAUCAACAGUAAGCAUAGGGGACGAAGUAUGGAUGAAAAAUAUGGUUCCACAAAAUAAGUUAGAUACAACAUUUCUACCGACCCCGGCGCGCGUGAUUGAUCGGUGCGAAAAUAGUCUAACGUUGAAAACUCCUGAUGGCGAAGUCUACAGGCGCAACACUUCACAUGUGAAAGCAACAAGAGAAUCAUUGAACCAAAAGAAGGCUAACGCUAGUAUCAAUGAAAACGUCGGAAAUGGAAGUACCAGACCACCACGCCUCAAAACGCUACCAAAGAGAUUCGAGGACUAUACGAUGGAGGUUUGA